AUGCCUCUCCAUCUACUCGGCAAGAAAUCAUGGAACGUGUACAAUACCGACAACAUCGCCCGCGUGCGCCGCGACGAGGCAGCAGCUCGGGCAGCCGAGGAAGCCGAGGAGCAGCGCAUGCAAGAGGUUGAUGCGCAGAGACGUCUGUCGAUACUGCGAGGUGAGAUACCGCCGCCACUGCCGGAAACGGAGGAGAAGCCGCCAGUAGUACAGGCUGUCGAGAGGCGCGAAGCACGCGGAAGUCAGCGGAAGCGCAAAAGACCAGGCGAAGACGAUACAGAUUUCGAGCUACGGAUAGCCAACGAGCGCUACGAGUCUAGACCCGAGGAAGCUGCCGACCUCAAGCACCAGACCAGCUCCGCGCCGAUAACCGAUCAUGCAGGUCACAUUGAUCUCUUUGGUGAUGAGCGGGCGAGAGGUCGGGCUGAAGGCAACGAAGAGGCUGAGAGAGAGGCCAAGAAGAAGAAGCAAGAGUUCGAAGACCAGUAUACCAUGCGCUUCGCGAAUGCUGCGGGAAGGGAAGGUGUGCAGAAGCCAUGGUACUCCAAUGCCGGUGACGGCGUUACGGAAGCUCCCUUGAAGAAUGUGUGGGGUAAAGAUGACCCUCAACGUCGAGAGCGCGAUGCUCAGCGUACAGUGUCGAAUGAUCCCCUCGCCAUGAUGAAGCUCGGAGCAUCCAAGGCUCGCCAAGUGAACCAGGAGCGGAAGCGCGUACAAGAGGAGCGAGACGCCGAGCUGCGACAACUGCGGCGAGAGCAAGAGCACGCCGAGAGGCGCACCACGAAGGGCGUUCUCACAAGACGUCGCGUGACCAUGACAGUAGUAGUAGGCACAGGAGACAUCAUCAUGACCGGCAGCAUCGUCACCACCGGCGACAUAGGUCGCGCUCGCCGAGAGAGGACUCAACUCGGGCGAGAUCCAGAGACAACGACGAUGCCAGACGCCGUAGCAGAGGCUAGUGUGCACACAUUAUAA